UCAUUUUUAAGUCUUUUGCAAAACUCAACAUUGUCCGAGUGUGACCUAACCCGUCGAACAUUAAAAAUUAAAAUAGGGAUCUGUCCAUUGAUUUAAAUCUUUGCAGAUUCGUCAUUUCCUCCGUUCAACAUGAGUCUUGUGUCAAAUUUAAUUGGUAGACGGUACAUCUCCCAGGCAGUCAAGUAUGUUCCUAGCGCAGGCUUGUAUGGCGCUACAGGAUUCACCCUCUUGUGUUACUUUACUGACUGGAAAUUGGUAUUGCAAUACUUGCCAUACUACAACACAAAAUUCCCAAAGGAUGUGGAAGAAUAAUCCAAUAAACAAAAUGUAAAGCAAUAUAGUGUUCUUAAUAUCUGUUAAAAUAAUUACAGUACUUUUGAUGAAUAUGUACCUAAGUGAAUGAUUUUUUUUUGUGAAGGAUAAUAUGUACCAUUUUUUUAAUAAUUAUUAAUUAAAAUACAAAUUAUCAUUAGCCAAUU